CGCGCUCUGCCGUGACCGUGAGCUGCUGUCCGCUGACUGCGUGGAAUCAGAGAGUGCGGAACGCUCUAUGAUGAUGGUCAGUGCCAGACCCUUGACGGACCUCAGUGAGAGUCGAUCACGACCACUACUACAACCGACCCUCUGAAUUAUUCCAGUGCCGAGAAAUUUACGGAGUACACGAAAAUACGAUUUACUGAAGAAUCUUUUCGGUUUUUGUUAGUACUAUGACAGAAUCCAAAUGCCAUUUGGACAUUCAGCCACCUGGAUCCGAAUGACACCUGUAGCCAUCCUCCAUGCUUACCAAACACUAUGCCAACAUGCUUCACAGAAAUGGGUCUUUCUGUGCGUGCCGUGGACCCCGUGAGAAGGGACCUUUAAGUUUCUAGUGCCAUUUUCAUCCCAUCCUUCCUCUUAUCCACUGCAUCUCUUCUGUCCCUUGAGCCAUAACUUUGAUUGCUCCACCGUAUGUUAGUGUUCACUGGGAUUUUAGGAGCAUAAGCAGCCAUCAUCAUUGAUAUCAUCCUUACCCCAAAAGGUUACGACAAGGCUGUUUGACAAUGGCUCAGCUUCUGUCCGUCACUGUGGUUUUGAUUGAAGUCUACCUUCUGCUCAGACUCUGCACUGGAGCAGGGCAGAACCCGGACCACGUGCUGCAGGGCACUGGGGUGAAGCCUGGCUCAGGCUCCAGAAGGCCCGGGGGCGAUUCUACUGUGGCACCAGAAGAUGCUGCCCGUUUCCUUAGCUGCCACUGCUUAGGUCACUGCCCUGAUGACGCCAAGAACAACACCUGCGAGACAAAUGGUCAGUGCUUCGCCAUCAUUGAAGAAGAUGAAAAUGGAGUGGGGAUCUUAAGCUCAGGCUGUAUGAAAUAUGAAGGCUCUCACUUUCAAUGCAAGGAUUCGCAGUUUGCACAGCCACGCCGAACCAUCGAGUGCUGCCAGUUUGACUUUUGUAACCGAGACCUAAAGCCAGAGUUACCGCCUCGAGACUCGGUACCACAAGACCCUCACUGGCUAGCCUUCCUCAUUUCAGUGUCUGUGUGCUUCUGCACCCUCAUCUGCGUCACUGUGAUCUGUUAUUACAGGUAUAAGUGGCAGACAGAGAGGCAGCGCUACCACAGAGACCUAGAGCAGGAUGAUGCCUUUAUCCCAGCAGGAGAAUCUCUUAAAGAGCUCAUCAACCAGUCUCAAACCUCAGGCAGUGGUUCUGGGCUCCCCCUUCUGGUCCAGCGCACCAUUGCCAAGCAGAUCCAGACAGUGCGCCUUAUUGGAAAAGGGCGAUAUGGAGAGGUGUGGCUCGGUCGAUGGAGGGGGGAGAAGGUAGCAGUGAAAGUUUUCUUUACUCGAGAGGAGGCCAGCUGGUUCAGAGAGACCGAGAUCUACCAAACCGUGCUGAUGAGACACGAGAACAUACUAGGUACACUUCAUGUCAUUCAAGAUUGUGUAGAGUUUUUAAUUGUGUAUCAAUUCCAUGUUUUCCUAUGUGACGCGAUUCUCCUCAUUCUGCUUGAAGGCUUCAUUGCUGCUGACAUUAAUGGCACUGGAGCCUCUACGCAGCUGUACCUGAUCACAGACUACCAUGAGAAUGGCUCUCUGUAUGACUAUUUGAAGUUCACCACUCUGGACACACAGGCCUUGCUCAGACUGGCCUACUCUGCAGCCUGUGGCCUGUGUCACCUGCAUACAGAGAUCUACGGCACGCAGGGAAAACCAGCCAUUGCUCACAGAGACCUGAAGAGCAAGAACAUCCUCAUAAAGAAAAACGGCACCUGUUGCAUCGCUGACCUCGGGCUUGCUGUGAAAUUCAACAGUGACACAAAUGAAGUGGACGUCCCACUGAGCACACGUAUGGGGACUCAACGCUACAUGGCUCCAGAAGUCCUGGACGAGACUCUGAAUAAGAACCACUUCCAGGCCUACAUCAUGGCAGACAUCUACAGCUAUGGACUGAUUAUAUGGGAAAUGGCCCGACGCUGUCUCACUGGAGGUAUUGUUGAGGACUAUCAGCUACCAUAUUAUGAGAUGGUGCCUUCAGACCCGUCUUAUGAGGAUAUGCUAGAGGUUGUGUGCGUCAAAGGGCUGCGGCCCACCGUAUCCAAUAGAUGGAACAGUGAUGAGUGCUCGAGGGCCAUGUUGAAGCUGAUGUCAGAAUGCUGGGCCCACAAUCCUGCAUCACGCCUGACCAUCCUACGAGUCAAGAAGACUUUGGCAAAAAUGGUGGAAUCUCAAGACAUUAAAAUCUGAUCAGCAUAGUGGCUUUUAUUUUGUUUUUGACAUCAUCGUCCCCUUCAGGAGAAACAAGCUCUCUUCUUCUGUUGGAUCAGACAUGUUGACUUUGCUGCUUUCUAUGAAAGCUAUAUCAUUGUGAAGAUGGAUCAGAGGAUUGCUACAACAGACAAAAACACUGGAGUGGGACCUUCUGGAGAGAUAAAGUAAACCCCACUGCCUUAAAAUAGACUCAGUCGUUCUGAAUAUGUUUCUUUAGAUUCUGGGAUAAACCUCCUGCCAUGUGGAUGCUGUUGCUGUUGACUUCUCAUGGAAUCUGUGUAAAGCAUACUGUGAUUUAAUGUAUGACAUGUAAAUAUAUUAUACGAGUAGAUGUACUGAAAACAGAGCAAAAUGAUAAACUAUCAAUAUAUAAUCUCGUCCAGUUAACAGCGGUUGUAGACUAUCUAGAAGAAGACUAUCUGUGCCUCUUGUAGCCUAAUGUGUGGCUUUUAAAAUGUAAAUUCAACUAUAUAGUACUUCUCUUUACAUGUUCUCUGAUAAUAAUGUUUCUUUAUGAAAUAACAAGACCCCGACAGAAGGUUAAUGAUCAUGAGAUGCAUGCCAUUCAUGAUUUUGUUGCAUGAACAAUAUAUUGUUUGCAAUGUUUAAAGCAUGCCAUUUUUUUACCAUCCUCAGAAUAGAAAACAUCUGCUAGCAGUGAUUUGGCAACCUUGAACACCACUUCAGAGUUGCUAAAACUCAAUGUAGUGUUUGUGGGGGUGAUAUGUGCUUUCUGGUUGGCGUGAUAGAGUUGAUGCAUUCCUGAGUUUCCUUGAUUCAGAGAAGCUGGGUCUUUUUUUUCUUGGUACAGGAUGCUAUCAGUAUGAAUGUGACUUGGUUUAAAGUGCAAACCUUUGAGGAUUUGGUGAUAUUCUGAUCGUAUGUCUUUGCCAAUUUUAAUAAUCAUGUUUUGAACACUUAAUGUUUUUGAGGUGCCUGAAGUUGAAGGGUAUGACUGUAGGUAACAUCUGUUAGUCAUCAUUGCCUAAUAUUUCACUUGGGGCUGCCAAAAUAUGGUCUUGGUAACUGGUAUAGUCCAAAAUACACAUUAUUGUUACAUAACAUGUUUACAGAACUCCCGUGCAGAUUUAAUUAUAUUAUUCCUUUACAAAAUGCAUUGUAUCCCAGAAACCUUGUUUAUUAUUCUUAGUGCCAUUGAAAAAAACAGCGUGAUUUGUUAAUAGUAACAAAACAACAAUUCACAAUAGCUCUAUACAGCAAUAUCUGGGCCCUUAAAGACAGGAAGUGUGAUUGUACAAUGCUUUAAUAAUGUCAGUGCCAGACUAAGGUGCUUUGUCACGAUUUUAGUACAGUAUGC